AUGGAGCUCGGCUUCUCGGGUUUCAAGGCCCUCAACGUGGGCUCCAACUUCGAGCAGUCUGAAGACGUGAACGAGUACUUUACCUUGCAUGCGCCCCCGAACAGCAACAUCCAGAGAGGGCCCGCGUCGCCCGACGACGUGACGGCGCCGAUGGUCUUGAAGCGUCUCCAGCAAUCCUUCCUCCUGGCCGAAGUGACCGUGUCGGCGGAAUUCGCCAUGGAUCACGACCAGGCCGGCCUGGUGAUUUUCGCGGGCGCGCCGCCGGACGAGUUGAUAUCACAGGCCCCCGCCAGCCGCAGAAGCUCGCGGUAUUCGGUCUUCAAUCCAGAAGCACUAGUGACGCGACGUUGGGCGAAAGCAGGUCUGGAGUUCGCCAGGGGAGAGCUUCACGCCGCUUCGUCGGUCGCCAUCUCGACCUGCGGAGCGGACUGGUCGUCGUCGGCUCGCAUGCCGUCACCAUUCUCGACAUUCGACCCGUUCUCUCUGACAUCGGCGUCGUCGCAAUCGUUACGGAUCCGCUUCGAGCGCGUAGACCAGUCACUGUGGAUAUCGUAUGAGAUCCCAAACUACACGGAGCCGGAAACGACCUAUUACGCCGUGGCUUCUGAACAACAACAAAACCCAGAAGAGCUUGGCUCGCGCUGGAAACAGAUGCGCGAGGUCGCGGGCUUUUUUGCUGGCGUCGAGCAGAAAGGCAACAUCUGGGUCGGCUGCUACGCAAGUCGGCCGAUGGACUACGAGCCCAGCAAUGCAUGGGAUGAGGUGGACGAGCUCAUAGCCGAAUUCGAGGAUCUUGAUAUAUUAUGA